AUGAAGAAGUUUUCUGGAAAUUCAAGAUUUGUGAAACCUAUCAAAAUGGCAUAUGAAACCGUAAAGGUACGUAUGAAUCGGAGCAAUGCAUCGAUUCCGUGGGGAUUUUCACUGCGCAGCACAACGUCUGGAGUGUUGACCGUUGCUUCGGUUGAUAAAGAAAGCCUUGCUCAUAAGGCUGGCAUCGAAGCGAAUGAUACUGUCACAGAACUGGCAGGACGUAAUGUAAGUGGAAUGCCUCUACAUGAGGCUAACAAUAUAAUCGGACGACCAUCCGACGAAAUGAAUAUAAUCUUGAAAAGAUAUAUCACUUCACAUCCCACAUUACCGUGGAAUCUCACUGAGCAAGACAAUAAAAUUGUUGUUGAUCAAGUACACCCUUCAAAGCAACAAACGUUCACCAGCAGCAGCAGCAACACUUCGGGCUAUAAAUCAAUCCAGGAUCGAAAAUCCGAGCGAAGCGUACCCAUAGGCUAUCAACCAGCUCCAUUCACAAAUGUCACAAAUACAGAUGCAUUAAGCACCAAUCGACAGUCAAAAGAA